AUGAACAGAGAGAUUCCGGGGUUCUACUAUGACCCCGAAAAGAAGAAAUACUUCCGCAUCCAAGCCAACCACAAAGCCCCUUCAGGGUCUCAAUAUACCAAAGAUUCUGUCAAACGCAAACGCGCCGACCAUGAGAAGCACCAACGGAAAAUUCACCUGACCAAGAGGGUCGCCAAAGAGAAGAUCACAAGAGCGACUUUUCUGUCGCAUCCUCUCAUUGGAGUCCAGAGAGAAAUCGGCUCUCAACAUGUGUCUACAAGUAUUCGACAAGAACAGACGAGCUCGAUUUACGCAAGCCAGUUCCGUCGAAACCAGCUACACCAAUUCGAGCCUUGGCCAGACGAGUAUACUAUCAAGCAUGUCCUGCGCAACAAGCGCUCGGGAAUCUUGAUUGCUAGUGGCCAUCGUGGUGGCGAAUCGUCUGUCUCGGUGUGCUUCCCGGAUUGCGACCAAGACAAGUGGACAUAUAAUCGCACAAUGGAGCGUGUGCUCUUCAAAGAACCAUACAGGCUAUCUUCCGUCUCAUUGAGUCAUACCGGAUAUCUGCUAGCGAGUAUGGAUAGUGGUCCGGAUGGCGACUCGUUCCUGGCUCCCCGCAUGUUGCCUGAUCCCGAUGAGGGCGGAGACUACCGAUGGCCCACGUCAUUCUCCCAUCCGAUUCGUCUACGCACUGCAUCCUCCCUGUGGUGCUCAUCUGCCUGCCCAGUAGGCGACAUGCCGCUUUUCGCAAUCGGAACAUCGGACGGAUUAUACACCCUGGAAGGGUUUGGUAGCUACUGGGCUUUAUCGAAAAAGCCCUUUCCGAAUGAUAUGGCGGGAAAUUCGAGCUUACAUCGUCGUGUGGAUUCCUCCCAUGCUCUCGUCACCAGUGUCGAAUGGCUAUCGUCCGACGUAAUAGCGGCUGGCCUGAGGGAUUCCGCAAUAUUCCUCCACGAUUUACGCAGUGGAGGGACGGCAACACGACUACAACAUCCUCACGCUGUCACGAAGAUGCGGAAAGUAGAUCCAUACCGUAUCGUUGUGUCGGGUAUAAACUCGCUCCAAAUGUAUGAUAUUCGUUUCCCGCCUAAUGGCCUCCAGCGUAACCCGAAACCCAACACCAAGUAUCAUACAUCCACGAAACCUUACCUGACGUUCUCGGACUAUUCGCCUGAAGUGAUACCAGACUUUGACAUUAGUCUGGAACUUGGUCUCCUCGCCAGUGCUUCGGAUGAGCGAAAGAUUCAACUAUUCUCCCUCCGCACCGGCCGCCAGGUUCCGUCGCCCUUGUCACAAUAUCAGUACGAGAGCUCCAUAUCUUCAGUAUGUUUUGAAUCUGGAGACGGGUCUUUGCAUGGCCCCCAGACGCCUAGUCUACUAGUCUGCGCUCAAGCAACCGUGGAUGAAUGGAUUUGGUCAAACUCGCCAAAGACGAUAUGA